CCUCUGUCUCCAACCAAAAACCCACAAUAUAUAUAAAAAAAAACCCUGCGGAUUUAGAGCCUCUUCUCUCUCACUCUAGCUUGUUAUUCUGUCAUGGCUGAAAGCUUGAGAAUCACUGUGGAAAGGAACCUUUCAGAGGCACGACUUUCAGAGCUGAACAUCAAGUGCUGGCCCAAAUGGGGUUGCUCUCCAGGGAAAUACCAACUAAAAUUUGAUGCAGAAGAGACUUGUUAUUUGUUGAAAGGGAAAGUGAAGGCAUACCCAAAAGGGUCAUCAGAGUAUGUGGAGUUUGGAGCAGGAGAUCUUGUAAUAAUACCAAAAGGACUCAGUUGUACUUGGGAUGUCUCUGUAGCCAUUGACAAGCACUACAAGUUUGAGUCAUCUUCUUAGUGGGUUAAUAAUUUCAUCACUACUGAUCAAUCCAAUUGUUUAUACUGAUUUAUAGCUGCUGCUGCUUGUUUUUGUGUUUAUAAUUACCUCUUGUGGUCAAAGAAAGGAAAAGCAAUUAGUCAAAUGUGGCCCAUUCAAUGUUUUAAAUAAUA